ACAUGGGGUCCAGCAUCUCAAAAGCUCGGGGCUUGUGUCCCUUUGUUUCCACUACAGGGGUCGGCAGCCCAGUGGCUACAGUGGCUAAGCAAUCUUUGGUGCGGUCUCGAGCCCGAGUAGUGCCUCCCUUCGUAUUCACCCGCCGCGGCUCCAUGUACUAUGAUGAAGAUGGGGAUCUGGCUCACGAAUUCUAUGAGGAGACAAUCAUCACCAAGAAUGGGCAGAAGAAAUCCAACCUGAAGCGAGUACGUAAUAAUCUGAUUCCUCAGGGCAUCGUGAAGCUGGAUCGCCCACAAAUUCACGUGGAUUUCCCUCUGAUCCUCUGUGAAAUAUGAGCCUGCGGCACGGCAGACACAAGCCCCCCACUGCCCCAGCAAGAAACUCGCAGAAUCAAGGUGUAGCUUCCAUUCAGGAGUCCAGACAUGUGCCACAACCCUCAAUAAACUGAACUCCAUUGGCGCAGAA